UUACGGUCACGCAGCCGUUAACGCAGACCCCACGCGCCACUCACCGUCACCACCGCCAGCGGCGUAUUUAUUAAAAGUCAAGAUGGCGACUGAGGGUCAGGCCGAGUACGAAUCGAUCCUCUGUGUCAAACCUGAGGUUAACGUUUACCGAAUCCCACCGCGAGCAUCUAACCGGGCUAUCAGGGCCGCCGACUGGAAACUGGAUGCCCCCGACUGGACGGGACGCAUGCGCGUGACGGCCCGAGGCAACGUGGCCUACGUGAAGCUGGAGGACAAGAUCUCCGGGGAGCUCUUUGCCCAGGCACCAUUGGAUGAGUACCCUGGUAUUGCAAUGGAAACAGUCAGUGACUCAAGCCGCUACUUCGUGCUGCGCAUUCAGGACGACAGCGGCCGUAAAGCGUUCAUUGGCAUUGGAUUCGGAGAUAGAGGUGAUGCCUUUGACUUCAACGUGGCACUUCAGGACCACUUCAAGUGGGUAAAACAACAAGAUGAAUUCACCAAGCAAGCUCAGGCUCCAGACUCCACUCCAAAACUGGACCUUGGCUUCAAAGAAGGGCAAACCAUUACUCUAAAUAUUGGGCAAUCAAAGAAAAAGGAUCGGUCUCGUCCUCAGAGUUCUGGAGGCUUUGGACUCCUUCCUCCCCCUCCUGGUGGCAAGUUGGCCCCACCUCCUUCUAAAUCUACCAAUAAUAACACACAGCCAUCAGCUGGAGGAAGUGACUCUGGUUUUUUGUUGGACCUGGACUCAAGCAACUCAGACUCAGUGGCUCCCUCCAACCCCUCCUCCACAGCCAGCUCUGACCUGUGGGGAGACUUUGACUCUGUACCUCAGAAGUGAGGAGAGAUUCAUGCCAUUUUCUCCCACUUCACCCUCUAUAAAAUUAUGCAGCACCUUUUGAAAAUUUAUUUUCCCCCUUCUGGGGUCCCAAAUCUCUCCCUGCCAAGCAGGGUAACACUUGUUUUAUUUGGAUCUGUCUCCACACUGCACAGUCUUAACAGGACACAUUUAGGACAAAGGGAACACAAAUGCCCCUCCAUCCAAGUCUCCAUUUUCCUCCAGUGUUCCUCUUCUUCCUAAUUCCAAUACUUUAUUUUGUAAUUACUCUUGUAUACAUAAUAGAGAUAUAAAGGGAGACAUAAUCGUUUAUCAACGUCUAAUGAUUCAAUCGAAAGAACUAUAUAAAUUAAUUCUAUGUACAGAGAAGAUUUAUUUUAAAUGUGUGUAUAUAUUUUGUCGGUGGUUUGUAAUUAUUGUCAUCGGUGGUGUCACCUUGGUGUUACUCCUGUUGUUUUCCAAGUCCCCAGCAGUGGGACAAACUAUAUGCACUGACCGGCAGUUGAGCCCGUCCAUGAAAUUAGUUAUUCAUAAAGUCUGCACUUAAUGCAGGGAUUAUCUGUUGUUUGGUUGAGAUUAUCUUAAAGUUUACCACAAAUAUGCUUUUACUUGAAAGAAUUCUGUCAGCCCAAAGCUGAUUUACAGAGUGAUUGGGCUCCUGGGCCGUCCCCAGUCGGCUGUGGCUGUGCAGCUGUUCGACACAAAUUCCGGCAGGGAUGGGUCACGGGAGACAUGCAUAUUGUUUUAAAUGUAAAUCAAGACACAAGAGGGGCCACAAGUCCUUUUAUCUUUGCCUCAAGUGGAUGGGGAUGAUUUAGUUUGUGUUAUAUAAUGUGUUUGCGGCACAGCUGUUGAAACUGUGAGUUGUUUAUCAUGAGGUCAUGACCGUACUCCUAAAUGAACAGGUCUGUUUCUUCUCUGGUCCAUCUGUUAAGGGCAAAUCUUAUCCAUAAAUACAGGUAAAAAACCUCCACCGCAGCAUGUUACCCCAUGUAACGACUUUACCUGUGAACUUCAAUUCCAUGUCGAGAUGUAACGUUAUUCUUAUGUAGACAAAUGCUACGUGGAACCAAGCUAACGCGUGUUUGUUGCAGUGUUUUUUUGUGAUGUUGUGAUGUACCUAGCGGUGGGUUUUGCUCACAGAUGUCACGCCUGUUGUGGCUGAUGUGCACUGGUGGGCGGUGUGGUGACGGAUGUCGGCUUGAGCGGGCAGAGAUUGCGAGAGUGUUUGUUUUUUAAUUGUCUGCAUUACAUGCAUUUCUUGCAAAUGUUGUUAAACUGUGAAUGUGAAAGGAAACUAAGGUGUAAAGAAAGAUAUAAAGACAAGGCUAAGCAAAGACUUUGUGUUUGUUCUUUAAACAACCGAGAAAAAAAUGAACCCAAACAAACAGAAACCUCACAUGAGUCUUGUA